GUAUACAUGUGUUUUAAAGUGAGAGCUUAGAGCUAGUGUACACCUGAGGGUGCAGGGGACAGCAGGGCUUUGACCUGAGGACUCCACACGUCUCCACAGCAGGACGCACAGAUGGACACCUCCAACGGCUCGGUGCAGAGGGACACUGAGCUGUUCUCCAGUAAGGAGGAGGACAGCAGUCUGUACUUCACCUACAGUGGAGGACGUAAUGACCUGGAGGUGAAGGACCUGCACUACGAGAUAGACACAGCAGCACAGAUCCCGUGGUACGAGCAUCUGGCCGAGUUCAAGAACCCGUGGGGGAAGAAGGGGGAGAAGCAGACGGCCAUCAGUAACCUCAACCUGCGCGUGCACAGCGGUCAGAUGCUGGCUGUCAUAGGGAGCUCAGGGUGUGGCAAGACGUCUCUCCUGGACAUCAUCACAUGCCGGGACGAGGGGGGCAAGGUGAGGCAUGGCCAGGUGCUGAUCAACGGCACGCCCAGCACACCCAAGCUGGUGAGGAGGAGCAUCGCCCACGUGCGUCAGGACGACCGCCUGCUGCCCCACCUCACCGUCAGGGAGACGCUGGCCUUCGUGGCCAGACUCAGGCUGCCCACGCACUUCAGCCAGGCGCAGAGGGACCAGAGGGUUGACGAUGUCAUCGCCGAGCUGCGGUUGCGACAGUGUGCCCACACCAGGGUGGGCAACAGCUUCGUGAGGGGGGUCUCAGGGGGGGAGCGAAGGAGGGUCAGCAUAGCUGUUCAGCUGCUGUGGAACCCUGGCAUCCUGAUCCUGGACGAGCCCACCUCUGGCCUGGACAGUUUCACCGCCCACAACCUGGUGCUCACCUUGUCCCGCCUGGCCCGGGGGAACCGGCUGGUGCUGCUGUCGGUCCACCAGCCCCGCUCGGACAUCUUCCAGCUCUUCGACCUGGUGGUGCUGCUGUCGUCGGGCUCGGCCGCGUACUGCGGGGCGGCUCGGGACAUGGUGCCCUACUUCACCGCCCUGGGACACCCCUGCCCCCGCUACUGCAACCCUUCCGACUUCUACGUGGAUCUGAUCAGCAUCGAUCGCCGCAGCCCCGACCAGGAGGCGCGCUGUGUGGAGCGGGCCAGGACCCUGGCCCUGCAGUUCCAAGAGAAGGUCCAGGCCUCUGAGGACUACAUGUGGAGCCCUUCUGCAGCGGCAAGCACCAGUCCUCUCCUCUUCUCCAGCUCCCUGCCGGUCGCUGCAGGAAACGGAACAGAGGUUGUCACCGUCGGCAAGCAGAAAGACCACCUGCCCGGCAGACUGCAUCAGUUCACUGUGCUGAUCAGACGCCACAUGUACAAUGACUUCCGAGACCUGGUCACCCUAUUGGUUCACGGCUUGGAGGCCCUGCUCAUGUCCCUGCUGGUUGGUUGUCUCUACUAUGGGUUGGGGCCAGAGCGCCUGUCCAUCCAGGACACCGUGGCCCUCCUCUACAUGAUCGGAGCUCUCACCCCAUUCGCUGUGGUGCUGGACGUCAUAGCCAAAUGUCACACAGAGAGAGCCAUGCUCUAUCAUGAGUUAGAGGACGGGCUGUACUCUGUCACCUCUUACUUCUUCGCCAAGGUGCUGGGCGAGCUCCCGGAGCACUGUGCCUUCACGCUGGUCUACGGCCUGCCCAUCUACUGGCUGGCCGGGCUCAACGCGGCCCCCGACCGCUUCCUGCUCAGCUUCAUGCUGGUGUGGCUCAUGGUGUACUGCAGCCGCUGCAUGGCGCUGUUCGUGGCCGCGUCGCUGCCCACCCUGCAGACCUCCGCCUUCAUGGGCAACGCCUUCUUCACCAUCUUCUACCUCACCGGGGGCUUCGUCAUCAACCUGGAGAACAUGUGGCUCGGGGCCUCGUGGCUGUCUCAUGCCUCCUUCAUGCGCUGGGGCUUUCAGGGCAUGCUGCUGGUGCAGUUUGAAGGAAACAUGUACCCCGUCUCCCUCGGCAACUUCUCCCUCAACAUUGACGGCAUUUACGUGGUGGAGUCCAUGAACAUGAACCAGUACCCCUUGUACGCCUGCUACCUGGUGCUGCUGGCCGUCUGUCUGGCCUUCAUCCUCCUCUACUACCUGUCACUCAGAUUCAUCAAGCAGAAGUCAACGCAGGACUGGUGAAGGAUCAACAAACAGCAUGUGACUAGUCUGGUUCAACAUUGCACUUAUUCAUUUUAUUUUAUUAUUUUAAUUAGGAAACAAUGUCAGGAACAAAACUCGAUUUUGAUGCUUCUAUCUUUUUUUUCUUUCGGAUAGACCAAAAUGUGUGUAAUUUUCUUUUGAACUACAUUUAUCUUUGUCUGUUUUGGUUAUUGUCAAUUAAUGAAACUCAUUCAACUUAUUUCGCACUCUUGCAAUGCAUUUGAAGUUCAAAUCAGAUCACAGGUUCCAUCAGCGUUGGCUGCAGUACCGCUGUCAACCGAUGGGUGUCAGCAGAGUACUGCUGCUGGUUAAGGCUAUCAGUGUCAUUUAGAGACUGCGCCUCUUGUUGUCUUGGCAAGUGAUUAGGGUUUGGAAGAUAUCCAUCUGUGGCUUUAGCGUGUACCAUUUUCAAUCCUUUUUUUCUCCUAAAGGCUUAAUCUUUUUAUUUUUGUAUCUAUAAGGUUAUUAAGCUUAACAAUGUGUGUGCCAGCAUGGAGAGCAAGUGAAAGCCGAGCAGAUUUCUUAAGUCACACUUAGCAGAAGGAGCUUGUGUUCGUGGCAACUUCAUAGAUUGCAGAUUAUGUAACCAUUUGUUUUUCCACCAGUGGCAUAAUACAUCUGUAUAAUAAAAACAUAACAUCCACCUUC